UCUGCUCAGAUCCUCAUCAUCCUGGUCCUGAUGACUGUAAUGCUGCUGGUGAUUGGCUGUCUGUUGAACCACUACAAGCUGUCUGCUGCCUCCUUUACGACCAGACAGAACCAGGCCCGGAGGCAAGCACAACACCUACAGCGGGAUGUGUGUCUCUGGCCGCCGGACAGCGGCUCUCGACAAGGCGCCUCCGAGGUGGUGUAUCUGUCUGUGUCUAGGACUAGGUUCACAGCCCCCUCCUUUAUGUACCGGGAUCGUUUCAGUCGCUUCCAGCCCACCUACCCCUACCUGACCCACGACAUCCACCUUCCCCCCACCAUCUCCCUGUCUGACGGAGAGGAGCCCCCGCCCUACCAGGGCCCCUGCACCUUACAGCUGAGGGACCCAGAGCAGCAGUUGGAGUUAAACAGGGAGUCGGUCAGGGCCCCCCCCAAUAGAACCAUCUUCCACAGUGAAGUGAUAGACAUGCACAGUGGAGGGGGGGGAGGGCCGAGACCACCCAGCAGUAACUCUGGUAUCAGCGUAGCCAACAGCCACGGACGCAUGGAACGCUCGCCUCCGGCAUAUUGCGAGGUGAUUGGUCACUUUUUUCACCACCCGCACAGCAGUAACCCACUCGGGACCUGGACUGGGGGUGGGACCAGCCAGCAGGGCCAAUCAGAAAGCACAAUACCUGCCAAGGCCAGGAAAGGGGAGGAGCUGAGGUGAGAUGGAUGAGGGACUAAGCUGUCUUAGACUCCUCCCCCCUGUAAAGAGGUGUGGCCAAUCUCUAUAUGGACCGACACUCCCAGGAUGCACAACUAAACACAACAUUAUCAACCUGCUACUGCUAAACACAACAUUACCAACCUGCUACUGCUAAACACAACAUUAUCAACCUGCUACUGCUAAACACAACAUUACCGACCUGCUACAAUUAAACACAGCAUUAUCAACCUGCUACAACUAAACACAACAUUAUCGACCUGCUACAACUAAACACAGCAUUAUCGACCUGCUACAACUAAACACAGCAUUAUCGACCUGCUACAAUUAAACACAACAUUACCGACCUGCUACAACUAAACACAUCAUUAUCAACCUGCUACAACUAAACACAUUAUCAACCUGCUACAAAUAAACACAACAUUAUCAACCUACCACAACUAAACACAACAUUAUCAACCUGCUACAAC